GUGAUGUUUUGCCAGUAGUGUUAGUUCCUUUUAGUCUAUUCUGGAGAACGGUCUUCCAAUACGUGAUUAGUGAGUUCAGUCCGAUGGUGGAUAGUAUUUAUAUCAGUAGUUUAUCCCAAUAAAAAGAUUCAAAAUGGUACAUUCAAAGCAAGAUCUUAUAGAUCCGGAAACCGGACUUGUGAUGUACGAGAGCUGCAUCAAUUCUGGAACUCACGGCGAAGUUUAUCAGAAACAGCUGGCUCAAAUUCUUUUGCUAAGGCUGACACGAGCAGCGAAGGAGUUCGACUUGGCUUACGAGCUGACAACCGCGGAUAAGUUUGACGAUGUUGUGCUGUACGAUAGGACAGCCAAGCAAUGGACUUUUCUGCAGGUCAAACAUGCCGACGGCAAAGAUUCAAAGAUAGAUCUCAACGGCUUGCUCCCAAUAACGAAUCGGGAGAAAGGAGAUUUCAGUUUGUACAAAUAUUUCACUUCCUACAUGAUAAUUCGAAACAGGUUCAAAGGCAGAACAAACUUCGUGCUGUUCACUAAUAAGAAACUAGAUGAGAAGUUAAAGACUGUUGAAGAUUGUUUGGCGAUUAAUGAUCGAGAUGUAGAUGAACAUCUUCGCUUUACAUCUAAAGGAGCAACCCACAAAGUACUUACACCGACUGAAUCUAUAAUUGAAUCAAUCAUGGAAUACGCAAACAAAGAUUUAUAUUCUCUGAAGGACGCUAUCAAGCAACUUUUCACUGAUGGAAUCAUAACAAACGUACUUCAAAAAUACAAUGCCUUUUUGAAUGAUAUUUUGAAUCAGUCGAGAAACUAUCAAAUAAGAUUCAAAGAAAGCUUCAACGACUCAUUGAUUUUCAUGGCUAAAGUGUACAAAGUGCUUCAACCAGAGCUACACAGUUUGAAACCUAUUGAUAAACCACUAGAACUCAACAUAAGAGAAAAAGAAUAUGAAUCUCUUAAAUGCCUGACAGUGGAAGAUCAUGAUUUCGACCACCUAAUUAAAGACAUUAUAAAUCUUUUUCAUAGCGGAAUUGUGACGAAUCAUUUAAAAAAGUAUGAAAAUUUGCUGGCUUUGAUUCUAACAACAACGGCCAAUGGCCAGCUAAAAAUAAAAGACACAUUCAAUAGUGGUAUAGUAUGUAAAGCUGAACUGUAUAAGAUGUUGAAGGCUGAAUUGAGUGAUCUAAAUAAGAAGAUUAAAACAAAACAGAAACUUUUCGAUCUAAAGGAUUCACGGCGAAAAUACCAUUCAGUAUUAUUUUAUGCGGAGGCAUCUGAUGUGAGAGAAUUCUUUGCGCUACUCACUUUAUCUGUGCACCAACCGGAAGAAUUGGAGUCAUUCAUCGUCGAGGAGUUGCGCUCAUGGAUGAGAAUGUGGAUUCGGCCUGACGUUUUUGGUAAGCUAUCCGAAGACGAUGAUAAAAAUGCUGUGAAAUAUUUGGAUGAUCAUUUUGAAUCCACGCUGAAACGCGAACAUGGUAAUUCCAAACCAUAUUUGAACCAACAUUAUGUAUUACAGUAUUGCAACAAGUUACGGUCGAAAAUUGUAGAAUUGUAUCCCGAACUGAAUGAUACUAAUCAUUUGUAUAUUAACAGGAUUCUUAUAUUUGAACAGGAGAACCAUGACGCAGUCGAACAUGUAAAAGAUGCUAAAUUUAAUGGAAACAGAAAAUCUUUGCUAUAUUCUAGUUCUGAUUCUUUGGGAAAUGAUCUUGAAAAGGAUGAUUUAACACAACUUCCUGAUAAAACAUUCGAGGAAAUGACCGAUACUCAGUUUGUAAUAAAUCUGAAUUCGAAGUUAGAAAAUUAUCAGUGUUUAGUGUUAACGGCGGACCCAGGGAUAGGUAAAACUGAACUUCUCCAAUAUGUUGCCCUUGAGCAUCAAAAAUGUAAAUCAGGAGCAGUUUUUUUGUUUUACUUGAACAGACUACAAGAUUAUGUUUCAAAAUAUAAACCAUCAUUGGAUGUUCUCAAAUCUGGAUUAUCUCAAAAGAAUGUUGAACUCAUUCAGAACGUUUUGAAGAAUGAGUCCAAUGAUCAUAUUACGAUACUAUUUGAUGGGUAUGAUGAAAUCCACGAGAAAAAUAGAAGCAGAAUAAACAAUUUGUUUAUAUUAUUAUUGAAAUCAACACAAAUUCAACUUAUUAUAAGUGUGAGAAACCAUGAGAAAAAAACAUUACAGAGCUUUUUCAAGAAGCACAAGAUACAUGCCUAUUACUUUUCUUUGGAGCCAUUCAACAAUGAAAAUAUUUUUGAAUACCUUGCAGAGUCUUGGAAAGAAAAUGCAAAAUGUUAUGUCAAUACCAAAUUUAAUUCGUAUUCCAAAUUCUUGGUUGAGACAUUUUAUGACUUUUGCAAAGUUCCUUUGAUGGUUAAAAUGAUGGCCGAAAUCUACAAACAACGUUUCCAACAAUUCAAAGAAACUAGUAUGAUCGAUAAAGGCGGUGAAAUAAGUUAUUUAGAGAGGGAGUUUUUAGAAGUCGAGCAUAUUUACGAAACUUUUAUAGAAAAAUGUCUACUAGUAAAGAUAGCGAACGCAUGCAAUGGCAUUGGACAGGUAGAUCCAAACAAACAAAUUUUUGAUGGCUUUUAUCUUGAUCAUCAACUGCUAGCAAUAGAAUUUCUUGAUAUUGGUGAGCUCAAAUUUAUCUUCAAAAACCCGAAAUACAAUCAAAAGCGGGACUGUUUCCAGAAACGUCAUCUGAACCGGUUUGAAAAAUCCAUUCUUGUUAAAUUUGUUGGCGAUAAAGUAUUUUUUUCACAUAAUUCUUACGCCGAGUAUUUUGUUGCAAAAUUUCUAUGGGAUCAUUUCAUUUUCUUGAAAAGCAUAAUUAAAAAUGUGUUGACUGUUUUCACGGGUAUAAGACAUUUCUUUAUAAAAAUAAUUGAAAAAAAUAACCAUUUUUUUGUAUCAGAAAUCACCCCAGUAACGUCAUUUGUUUCCAGAACAGUUGCUUUUUGGGCUUGUGAAACUAAUGCAGUAGAGUUAUUGAAAUAUGUGCGCUCAAAAAAAAUAAUUUUUAAACCAAAGAAGGCCAAAAUGCUUCACAUAGCCAUCAAAAACGGCAGUGACAAAAUAUGUUCCUACUUGAUCGAUGAUUGUAAAGUACAUCCAGAUUUUAAGUACGAUGGUGGUCUAGUUCCUUUGCAUUCGGCCAUUAUAUACGGAUAUAGAAGUUUAGUACAUUUACUGCUACAAAAAGGAGCUGACAUUCACAUUCAAAACACCGAGGGAUGGUCAGCUCUGCAUUAUGCAGUUCAUCACAAACAAAUAGCCAUUACCACAUUUUUGAUUGAUAAAGGAAUUGACGUGAACUGCCUAAACAAAAACAAAUGGAAUGCACUUCAUAUUUCCUGUAAUAAUGGUGAUGCUGAUUUGACGAAAAUGUUAAUCCAAAGAGGUGUAUUACUUGAUACACAGACAAACGAAGGCAAAACUCCUCUACAUUUGGCUGCAGCUGGAGGGCACACAAAAGUUGUUAAUAUUUUAACUGAAAAUUUGAUUAAAAAGUGUCCAUUGAACGAUAUGAUCAGCAAUGCAUAUGAAAUUGCUGCUCUUCAUGGUCACAAGUCUGUAAAGGAAAUGCUGAUCGAAAAAUUUCCCAAACUUGCUACAAGUACACAAGAUAAAGAUCAUCUGCUAAUCCACUGCGCCGCCCAAGAAGGAAUGAUUAAAAAAGUAAGAAAAUUGAUCGACGAUGGUGCCAAUGUUAAUGCAUUGAAUGUAAACGAACUUACAGCUCUUCAUCUAAGUUCAUCAGCAGGCCAUAGCCUUGUUGUUGAACUGUUGCUUAACAAUGGAGCAAACAUAAACAAUGCUGGAAUAAAUGGAUGGACACCACUCCACUUUGCGUGCCAAAAUGACCGCAAAGAGGUCGUGCUCACUUUGAUAAAAAAUGGUGCUAACAUAGAAUCACUGGAUAACGGUUACUCUACAGCUCUUCAUAUCAGUGCAUUACAAGGUCACUGCAACAUUGUGAAUGCACUGCUCAAGAAAGGUGCAAACGUGAACGUUGUUGGAAAGAAUGGUAUGACACCACUGUUUUCGGCAUGCCAGAAUGGUCACAAAGAUGUAGUGCAGACUUUGCUUAAAAAAGGCGCCAACAUUAACGCAUUGAGCCACAGCAAAUGGACAGCUCUUCACAAAAGCGCUUCAGAAGGCCACUGCGAUAUUGUUAAUCUACUACUUGAUAAAGGUGCAAAAGUUAACGCAACUGACAUGGGUGAAUGGACGCCACUCCAUUGGGCAUGCCAGAAUGGUCAUAAAGAAGUCGUAGAGGCAUUAAUCAAGAGAGGUGCUAACAUUGACGCACUGUCUAACAAUGAAUGGACAGCUCUUUAUGCUCUUCAUAGAUUUUCUUCCACAGGUCACUGUGAUAUUGUAGAUUUAUCACUUAAUGGAUAUGUAAACGUUAACGCGGUUAAAGCACAUGAAUGGACACCGCUUCAUUAUGCAUGUCGAAAUGGUCAUAAAGAAGUUGUGGAGACGUUAAUCAAAAAAGGUGCCAACAUUCACGCAUUGACUCGCACUAAAUGGACAGCACUUCAUGAAAGUGCAUCCAAAGGUUACUGCGACAUUGUGGGUCUGCUGCUUGAUAGAGGUUCAAACGUUAACGCUGUUGAAAUAGAUAAAUUUACACCGCUUCAUUGGGCAUGUCAGAAUGGCCAUAAAGAGGUUGUGAAAACAUUGCUUAGAAGGGGUGCCUACAUUGAUGCAUUGACUCAAAAUAAAUGGACAGCUCUUCAUAAGAGUGCUUCCAAUGGUCACUACGAUAUUGUAGACUUACUACUUGAUAAAGGUGCAAUAAUUAACGCUGUUGAAAUAGAAAAAUGCACACCGCUACAUUGGGCCUGUAAGAAUGGCCAUGAAGAGGUGGUGAAGACACUGUUCAGAAGGGGUGCCAGCAUUGGCGCAUUGACUCACAAUAAUUGGACAGCUCUCCAUAUGGGUGCCUCCCAAGGGCACUGCGGUGUUGUGGAUUUUUUGCUUGAUAAAGGUGCAAACAUCAACGCUUGCGAUAUGGACAAAUGGACACCGCUACACUGGGCGUGCAAGAAUGGUCAUGAAGAGGCUGUGAAGGUAUUGCUCAGAAGGGGUGCCAGCAUUGACGCAUUGACUCACAAUAAUUGGACAGCUCUCCAUUUAAGUGCCUCCGAAGGCCACUGCGGUAUUGUAGACUUAUUGCUUGAUAAAGGUGCAAACACUAACGCUGUCGAAAUAGAUAAAUGGACACCGCUUCAUUGGGCAUGUCAGUUUGGUCAUGGAGCGGUUGCCGAGAUAUUGCUCAGAAGGGGUGCCAACAUUAACGCAUUGACUCAUAAUAAUUGGACAGCUCUUCAUAAAAGUGCUUCCAAUGGUCAUUGCACAAUUGUAGAUUUACUGCUUGAUAAAGGUGCAAACGUCAACGCUGUUGAGAUGGACAAAUGGACACCGUUACAUUUGGCAAGUCAGAAUGGUCAUGACGAUGUUGUCAAAACAUUAAUCAGCAAAGGUGCCAACAUUAACGCGUUAACAAAUGAUAACUGGACAGCACUUCAUGCGAGUGCUUUUAUUGGUAACAGUGAUAUUGUCGAUUACCUGCUUGAUAAAGCUGCAAACGUCAACACUGUUGAAAGAGAUAAAUGGACACCGCUGCAUUGGUCAUGCAUGGAAGGCCACAACAAAGUAGUGAAUACCUUAAUCAGCAGAGGUGCCAACAUUAAUCAAUUGGCUAAAAAUAACUACUCAGCACUUCAUGUAAGUGCUUCGAAAGGUCACUGCGCGAUUGUCGAUUUGCUGCUUGACAAAGGUGCAGAUGUGAACGCUGUUGAAAUAGACAAAUUGACACCGCUUCAUUGGGCAUGUCGGAAUGGUUACCCAGAUGUUGUUGAGACUUUGAUCAGGCGAGGUGCCAACAUAGGUGCAUACACUUUCAACGAAUGGUCAGCUCUUCAUGUCAGUGCUGCAAGAGGUCACUGCGAUAUAGUAGGUAUUCUACUCGAUAAAGAUGCAAAUGUCAAUGCCUUAGACAUGCAUGGAUGGACACCGCUUCAUUUGGCGUGUCAAAAUGGUCACAAAGAUGUAGUGGAAAUUUUAGUGCGAAGAGGUGCCAACAUUGAUGCAUUGACUCAUAAUACAUGCACAAUUCUUAAUGCUAAUGCUUCCAAAGGGUAUCGCAAUAUUGAAGCUCCAGUGCCUAAUAAAAGUGUAAAUGUUAAAGUUCUAGAAAUAGAUCAAUGGGCACCGCUCCAUGUGGCAUGUAAGAAUGGCCACAAAGAUGUAGUGGAGAUUUUGACUAGAAGCGGAGCCAACAUCAAAGCAUUGACUCAAAAGAAAUGCACGCCUCUUCAUAUAAGUGCUUUCGAAGGCCAUCGCCAUAUUGUAGAUUUUCUACUUGAUAAAGGUGCCAACGUGAACGCUUUGGAAAUAGAUAAAUGGACACCUCUUCAUUUAGCGAGCCAAAAUGGUCACAAAGAUGUAGUGGAGACCUUAAUAAAAAAAGAUGCCAACAUUAACGAAGUGACACAAAAUGCAUGGACGGCUCUUCAUGUUAGUGCUUUCAAUGGUCACCGAGUUGUUGUGAGUUUACUCCUUGAUAAAGGUGCAAACGUAAACGCUGCUGAAUUAGACAAAUGGACACCGCUCCACAGGGCAUGUCAAAACGGCCACAAAUAUGUUGUGCAGACUUUAAUCAAAAGAGGUGCCAAUAUUGAUGCAUUGACACAAGAUAAAUGGACAGCUCUUCACGUAAGCUCAUAUGAAGGCUACUGCGAUAUUGUAAAUCUACUGCUCGAUAAAGGUGCAAAUGUUAACGCUGUUGAAACACUUGGAUCAACACCGCUUCAUUUGGCUAGCGAAAAAGGACAAAAAGAAGUUAUGGAGGAAUUAUUCAGAAGAGGCGCCAACAUUGGCGCAUUGAAUCUCAAUAAAUGGACAGCUCUUCACAUGAGUGCUUCCAGAGGUUACUGUGAUAUUGUAGAAUUUCUGCUAGAUAAUGGCGCAAACAUCAACGCCGUCGAAAUAAACCGUUGGACACCCCUACAUUGGGCAUGCCAGAAUGGUCAUAAAGAGGUUGCCGAGCUAUUACUAAGAAGAGGUGCCAACAUUGACGCAUUGACUCACAAUAAUUGGACAGCUCUCCAUAUGAGUGCGUCCAAAGGACACUACGUUCUUGUUGAUUUACUCAUUGAGAAAGGUGCAAACAUCAACGCAGCCGAGAAUGAUCAAUGGACACCUCUGCAUUGGGCAUGCCAGUAUGGUUAUGAAGAGGUUGCCGAGAUAUUGCUCAGAAGAGGUGCCAACAUUAACGCAUUGACUCACAAUAAUUGGACAGCUCUUCAUAUGAGUGCUUCCAAAGGUUACUGCGUUAUUGUAGAAUUACUUCUUGAUAAAGGUGCAAACGUUAACGCUGUUGAAAUAGAUAAAUACACACCGCUACACUGGGCGUGCAAGAAUGGCCAUGAAGAGAUUGCCGAGAUAUUGCUCAGCAGGGGUGCCGACAUUGAUGCAUUGACUCACAAUAAUUGGACAGCUCUCCAUAUGAGUGCUUCCAAUGGUCACUUCGUCAUUGUUGAUUUACUCAUUGACAAAGGUGCAAAUAUCAACGCUGUCGAAAUGGAUAAAUGGACGCCGUUGCAUUGGGCAUGUCAGUAUGGUCAUGAAGAGGUUGCCGAGAUAUUGCUCAGAAGAGGUGCCAACUUUAACGCAUUGACUCACAAUAAUUGGACAGCUCUUCAUAAAAGUGCUUCGAAAGGUCAUUGCGUUAUUGUAGAAUUACUUCUUGAUAAAGGUGCAAAUGCCAACGCUGUUGAGAUGGAUAAAUGGACACCGCUACAUGUGGCAAGUCAGAAUGGACAUGAAGACGUUGUCAAAGCAUUGAUAGGGAGAGGUGCCAACAUUAACGCGUUAACGAAUGAUAGCUGGACAGCACUUCAUGCGAGUGCUUUUAUUGGUAACCGUGUUGUUGUCAAUUUACUGCUUGAUAAAGCUGCAAACGUCAACGCUGUUGAAAUAGAUAAAUGGACACCGCUCCAUUGGUCAUGCAUGAAUGGCCACAAAAAAAUAGUAGAGACCUUAAUCAGCAGAGGUGCCGACAUUAAUCAAUUGGCUAAAAAUAACUACACAACUCUUCAUGUAAGUGCAUCGGGAGGUCACUACGCGAUUGUAGAUUUACUACUUGAUGGAGGCGCAAACGUUAACGCUGAGGAUACAGGCAAAUGGACACCGCUUCAUUGGGCAUGUCGGAACGGUCACCCAGGUGUUGUAGAGACUUUGAUCAGGCAAGGUGCCGACAUAAAUGCCUGGACCCAUAAUAAAUGGACAGCUCUUCAUGUAAGUGCUUCGAGAGGUCACUGUGAUAUAGUAGAUAUUCUGCUCGAUAAAAAUGCAAAUGUCAAUGCUUUAGAAAAGCAUGAAUGGACACCGCUUCAUUUGGCGUGUCAAAAUGGUAACAAAGAUGUAGUGGACAUUUUAGUGCGAAGAGGUGCCAACAUUGAUGCAUUGACUCACAAUACAUGUACAACUCCUAAUGCUAACGCUUCCAAAGAAUAUCGCAGUAUAGAAGCACCAGUACCUAAUAACGGUGUACAUAAAAACGCUCUAGCAAUAGAUCAAUGGACUCCGCUCCACGUGGCAUGUAAGAAUGGCCACAAAGAUGUAGUGGAGAUUUUGACUAGAAGCGGUGCCAACAUCAAAGCAUUGACUCAAAAGAAAUGUACAACUCUUCAUAUAAGUGCUUUCGAAGGCCAUCACCAUAUUGUAGAUUUUCUACUUGAUAAAGGUGCCAAUGUGAACGCUUUGGAAACAGAUAAAUGGACACCGCUUCAUUUGGCGAGCCAAAAUGGUCAAAAAGAUAUAGUGGAGACCUUAAUAAGAAGAGGUGCCAACAUUAACGCAGUGACACAAAAUGCAUGGACAGCUCUUCAUGUAAGUGCUUUCAACGGUCACCGAGUUGUUGUGAGUUUUCUUCUUGAUAAAGGUGCAAACGUAAACGCUGUUGAAUUGGACAAAUGGACUCCGCUCCACUGGGCAUGUCAAAACGGCCAUAAAUAUGUUGUGGAAACUUUGCUAAGAAGAGGUGCCAAUAUUGACGCAUUGACACAACAUAAAUGGACAGCCCUUCAUGUAAGCACAUAUAAAGGUUACUGCGAUAUUGUCAAUCUACUACUUGAUAAUGGUGCAAAUGUUGACGCUGUUGAAAAAGAUAAAUCAACACCGCUUCAUUUGGCAAGUGAAAAUGGGCAAAUAGAAGCUGUUGAUGUACUGAUUAAAAGAGGUGCCACCAUUGACGCAUUGACUGAUAAUAAAUGGACAGCUAUUCAUAAAAGUGCCUCCAAAGGAUACUCUGAUAUUGUAAAAUUACUGCUUGAUAAAGGUGCAAAUGUCAACGCUCUUGAUAUUGAUAAUUGGACAUCGCUUCAUUGGGCAUGUCAGAAUGGCCAUGAAGAGGUGGCCGAGAUACUGAUCGGAAAAGGUGUCAACAUCGACGCAUUAACCCACAAAAAUUGGACAGCCCUUCACAUGAGCGCCUACAAUGGUCACAGCGGUACUGUUAAUCUACUACUUGAUGAAGGUGCAAAUGUUAACGCUGUUGAGGCAAAUAAAUCAACGCCGCUUUAUUUCGCUUGCGAAAAUAGACAUAGAGAUGUUGCUGAGGCACUGAUCAGAAGAGGUGCCAACAUUGAAGCAUUGGCACAAAAUGCAUGGACAGCUCUUCAUAAAAGUGCCUCCAAAGGUUACUGCGAUAUUGUAGAUUUACUGCUUGAUAAUGGUGCAAACGUUGACGCAGUCGAAAGCGAUGAAAAAACUCCGCUUCAUUUGGCAAGCCAAAAUGGUCACAAAGAUGUUGUGAAUACUCUGAUUCGUAAAGGUGCCAACAUUGACGCAUUGACUCAAAACAAAUGUACAGCUCUUCAUAUUAGCGCCUCCAAAGGUCACUGCGGUAUUGUAGAGCUAUUGCUUGAUAAAGGUGUAAACGUUGACGCUGCCGAAAUCGAUGGAAGGACUCCGCUUCAUUUGGCUAGUCAGAAUGGUUACCAAAAUGUAGUGGAGACUUUGAUUGGAAGAGGUGCAAACAUUGACGCAUUAACAAAAAAUAAAUGGACAGCUCUUCAUGUAAGUGUUUCAGAACGUCACAAAGCUAUUGUUGAUUUACUGCUUGAUAAAGCCGCAAACAUAAACGCUGUCAAUGAAGACGAAAUAACGCCACUUUAUUUAGCAUGUCAAAAGAAUCUCAAAGAAAUUGUUAAAACCUUGAUUAGCAGAGGUGCCAACAUUGAAGCAUUGGCACAAAAUAAAUGGACAGCUCUUCAUGAAAGUGCUUCCAAAGGUUACUGCGAUAUUGUAGAUAUUCUGCUCGAUCAAGGUGCGAACGUUAACGGAGUUGACAUAAAUCAACAAACGCCGCUUCAUUUGGCAAGCCAGAAUGGUCACAAAGACGUCGUGGACACUUUAAUUCGAAAAAGUGCCAUGAUUGACGCAUUGACUCUAAAAAAAUGUACAGCUCUUCAUGUUAGCGCUUCCAAAGGCCACUGCGAUAUUGUAGAAUUACUGCUUGAUAAUGGUGCAAACGUAAACGCUGUUGAUAAUUAUAAAAAUACCCCACUCUAUCUAGCAAGCCAGAAUGGUCACAAGAAUGUUGUGCACACUUUAAUUAAAAGAUGUGCUAACAUUGGAGUAUUGUCUCAAAAAAACUGUACUGCUCUUCAUGUUAGUGCGUCCGAAGGUCACUGCGACAUUGUAAACUUACUGCUUGAUAAUGGUGCACACGUCAACGUUUUUGAUUCAAAUCAAUGGACGCCGCUUCAUUUGGCAUCUCAGAAUGGUCACAAAGAUGUUGUGGAAACUUUGAUUCGUAGAGGUGCCACCAUCACAUCUUUGAAUCAAGAUAAAUGGACAGCUCUUCAUGUAAGUGCUUCCAAUGGACACUGCAAUAUAGUAGAUUUACUACUUGAAAAAGGUGCAAACGUUAACGACAUAGCGACAGAUGAAUGGACACCGCUACAUUGUGCUUGUAAGAAUAACUACAAAGAUGUAGUGGAAAUAUUGAUUGAAAGGGGUGCCAACAUUACAGCAUUGACUCAGAAAAAAUGUUCAGCUCUACAUGUAAGUGCUUCCGAAGGUCACUGUGAUAUCGUAGAGUUCCUGCUUGAUGAAGGUGCACAAGUGAAUGCAGUUGAUAAUGACAAAACAACCCCACUAUAUUUAGCAUGCCAGAAUGGCCACAAAGACGUGGCGGAGGUUUUGAUUAGAAAAGGUGCCAACAUUAAAGCAGUGGGACGUAAAAAUUGGACAGCUCUUCAUGCAAGUGCAUUCGAAGGUCAUUGCUCUAUUGUAGAAUUAUUACUUGGUGAAGGUGCGAAAGUGAACGCUUUUGUAAAAGACAAAUCAACACCGCUACAUUUGGCAUGCCUAAAUGGUCACAAAAAGGUAGUGGAGACCUUGAUCGGAAGAGGUGCCAAUAUUGGCGCAUUGACUAAGGACAACCGUACAGCGCUCCAUGUCAGUGCUUCCGAAGGGCACAGCGAUAUUGUAGACUUACUGCUUGAGAAAGGUGCAAACGUAAACGCCUUUGAAAUUAAUAAAAUGACCCCGCUACACUUGGCAAGCCAGAAUGGUCAUAUCGAUGUAGUGGAGACUUUGAUUAGAAGACGUGCCAACAUUGACGCAUCGUCUCACAAUAAGUGGACAGUUCUUCAUAAAAGUGCAUCAAAGGGUUACCGCCUCAUUGCAGACCUGUUGCAUACUAGAAGUGUAAACGUAAACGCUGUUCGAAUAGACAAAUGGACACCGCUUCAUUUUGCGAGUCUGAAUGGUCACAAAAGGGUUGUAGAAAGUUUGACUACAGCGGGUGCCAACAUACAAGCAUUGACUAUGGAAAAAUGUACUGCUCUUCACUUAAGUGCUUCCGAAGGUCACUGUGAUGUUGUUAAGCUGCUGCUUGAUAAAGAUUUAGACGUAAACGCUGUUGGAUCAGGUAAAUGGACGCCGCUCCAUUGGGCGUGUCAGAAUGGUCACAGGGAGGUUGUAGAGAUAUUGAUUGGAAAAGGUGCGAACAUUAACGCCUUGACUAAGAAAAAAUACUCUGCUCUCCAUUUAAGUGAUUUUACCGGUCACCGGGAUAUUGUAGAUGUACUGCUGAAUGCAGGUGCCGUGUAUAGCACUGUUGAGAAUAAUGAGCACACGCCUCUUAGUUCAGCAAUGCAGCAGGAGAACUAAGAAGUGGAUUCAAGUUUAGUCUAGUCCUGUCUAGUGACAGUCUAGUCACGGUGUCAAAAUUUUGAUUAUUAUCGAACUUUCAUGAACCUCGGAUUUUUUUUUUCAUAGACUGUUAGAAUUUCGGCUAUAAUGUAUAAAUGCAAAAGAGUUAGCUGAGUUUAUGGCUAUUUUCCAUACUAAAAAUGAAUAAUUACUAUUGGGUUUCUUAUUAAUGUUUAGACUACUGUGAUAAUUUGAGAACCCACUGAAUCAUCAUUUCCAAGCGAAAUUUCACACUAAUCAAACUUAUUUUGUUUACCUGUUGUGCAUCCGACGCCCCUGUCAUGAACUCAACCGAACUUGUGUAUGCCAGCCGCUGCGAAGUCGUGUGCGAAAUUCGACUGUGAUGAUAAUGAAUUUCGGCCGAGUCUAAAUGGGUGCAAAUGUCGCAAUAUUUUAGCCCAAAAAACGUCCCAUACAAAAUGUAUGGAAAAAAAAUUUGAGCUCAUUAUGCGCGGGCAAUGAUUCCUUAUCACAGCUGAGCUAGAAGAUCAGGUUACAACCUCUUGUCUGAUUGCGUUUGAGAAAGUAGGUUUAUCACCACCAUUAUUGCAAAUGUCUAUAUUGUUCGAAGACAGAUACUCUAAUAGUGACUCACCUCGACUGUUAAUAUCCGUACUACCCGUGCGCAUUGGCGUCACAGCCAAUGAUAAACGAUUUGUUGUUUUCUUUACAGAAUUGGACAAAUGAUGCGAUCUCAGGAGGAGGUACCUCAGGAACAUCACCAGGAAAGUAAGCUGAAGCCACAGCGAUCUCAGUUUUACCCCUAGUGGUUGAUACCUCUACUAUGACCGCAACAAUGUCCUUUCUGAUAAACUCUGUAAUAGGAUAGCAUUCUAACGUUUUGCGUACUAAGACAGCGGUUCUGGGAGAAUCUUGUUGUUCAUCAUAAAAUAGUUUACUAUUUUGUGUCAGAACUCCAAGAAUCUUUCGUUUAUUGGACCAUGGCUCUUGAAUAAGCGCCACUUCCAGUCCUUCUUUUUUAAACCUUCGACUCAACACAGCAGGAGCACCUUUUGCGUGAUGAAGGUUAACCUGUACGAACUUAAUUCCUGUCAUGAAAAAUUGCAUUAACCCACUUUUAUUAGGCCUCGGAAUUGAGACGGAAGGAAAGUGGCCGAUUAUCCCGGAGACAAAUAGGGUCCACUGCGUCAUUGCUCCGUUUAACACAGUAAGGGCAAAAUACUGUGGAGAGUGCCCUGGUACUCCACAGGAUCCGUUCACGGUUAAGUUUUUAUUAGACCCCCCUUACCAUUCAUUCCUAGGUACGGUACGCUUGACACCAUGAAUUAGGGGUCGCUUGUUUGGUGGACUUUUACCACCGGAUCAGGCAAUCCGUAGUGAUAUUCUUAGCAAGUUGAGGGAACUGCUACCGCCAUUACACGUCUAUCUAGGCUGGUCGGGAAUAGAAAUUAAUAUCGAUGAUCAACUUCUUGGAGUCCGAACAGCCGACAUGAAUGGGGAAUAUUAGUUCUCAUAGUUUUGCUGGAUAUCCUUUUCGGGACGGAGAGCAAAAAAAAUUUCCAUACAAAUUGCUCAAUUUUGGCUCUCCAGAAUUCUCAGACUAUUUGACAAAUCAACACUUUUUCUUUGGCAUUUGUAAGAACUACUCUUUAACUAUCGAUUCCUAGUUUUGUCCACUUGGAUAAAUCAAAAAGUAAAAAUUUCCGACAGAUAAAACAUUUUCAUGUUUUACAAUUUUUGCUUACUUUUUGUUCAACUUGUUGUGGCAAAUCUCACACACAACAUGAAUAAAAGUUUGUUUGCACACAUGCAAGUAUAUGUAAUGGCUCAAUAUAUAAAACAAUUCAAACAUCAGGUAAAUCAAAGACUUAACAGUUGAAAAAAACACGCAAAACUGUUGUUGCUCAACUGCACAAUUGUGCUGGUUCGUCACGAAAGGGAUACAAGACCCUAAUACUUUUGUCGUGGUUUUCUUUCGAUGCCAGUUUUUACAUUAAGUUUAAGUGGUGUCGUGAAAUUCCUGCGUCGUUCAAACUGUGCUUGGAAUCCUCCAGAUAAAGAUGUUUUCUUGUCUUUAGUGAUAAUAAAUUCACAAUCUCAUUUCGUAGUGUUAUAUUUAAUUUUUUUUUUUCAAGUAGUUUCUAUUAGUAAUAUCAUUAUAACUGGCAUUAGCAGAAAUCAUGUUUUGUAGAUCAUUUUUUAUCAGACAUUUGCCAGGCAAUCUCUUUUCAGAAUACUUGAAAAAUCUUCGUUUACUACAUGUAAUGGUUGUGUAAGUGUAUUGUAAGUUAUUAUUAUAGUAGCUACACGCUCAAUGUAUUUGCAUUUAUUAGUCCUUUACGUAACUGAUCCGUCCUGUCAUAGCAACUGCAAUUGUGUUAUGAAUCUUUUUCCGUACUGUAUUAGUGUUACGUUUAAUAUUUAUAUGUCUAUUUCAAGCAACUUUAUGUACUGUAUUUAUUUGUUGUGUAUACUCAAUGUUGCACUUUAGGUUUUUGGUCAUAUGUGGUAAAAAGUGUUAGUUUAUAUGUGUAAUUGACAUGCCUGUUUUCUGUGAUGCUUUAGCUAUUUAUUUGCCCGUGAUAAUGUCAACUGAUAAAUCUUAUAAUAAAUGAAAAUGGCAAACCGGGUAAAUGUGUUAUUUGAUUCUGUUUAGUGAAAUAUCACAAACUGGCGCGGGUUGAGCUAGAAUUAGUGUACAUUGUGCAUAUGAGGGGAUCCUUCACUUAGUGAUGUUCUGUCACUUAAAAUAACAAGUUCAACAGUGUUACGUCUGUUCACAACCGUAAAGAAGACGACGGUAUUUCUGGGUGUUUAUUAUAUUUGUAUUUGUCUGCAUAAAAAUUCCCAGCAAUUAAAUAUUCUCGGAUAAAUAUGUUGCACUAGCUUUACGACAGCAUCACACUCUAAAUUGAUUUCAUUGCGAUCGUGAUGAAUUUCUUACCAGGUCAUCAACAUUUCAGUACUGUCACAGUUAGUACCCUUUUUACAAAAAUAUAUAAAUAUCGCUCGAAAAACGGGCUUUCAAUCCGAGGUCCGAAGGACAGAGUCUCAUAUACCAAUCAAUUCAGCUCGACGAACUGAGCAAAUGUCUGUGUGUGUAGACUGGUUCAACAAGGUCGAUUUUUUGGAACAAAGCUUUUUCGAUUGCUUUUGGCGACCAAAACAACUGUGCAAAAUUUGAGAGCGAUUGGUUGCAUCCCCCUAUUCCGCAUUGUAAUUGAAUUUUGUAUGGGAAUGGGUAAACGUACUUUUUUGCAUUUUUGAAAUUGAAAUUCUUUGGCUAAAACGAUCUAAGCAAUGACGUUGAACUAUAGCCUAGGACAGUGAUUCCCAAAGUAAGCAAAAUCGCUCCCUUGUGGACGAAAAUGAGUGAAGUUGAAAUUGGGGGACAAAAAUACUUAAAAGGGUGCGAUUUUUAAAUUACUGAAAUCCAUCGAUUGUAUGAAGGAAAAAGUCCAGGUUGUCUUUGAUCUCAGAAACCUUAGAAAAAAGUCCUGCGUUGAAACAAUCUUAGACAAGUUUUUCAUUAAGACUAAUGAAGAAAUUGCCGGAGGAAUCCCUUCAGAAUCU